AUGGCGAAAGACCCGGUUCGUGUUCUUGUUACAGGCGCUGCAGGACAAAUUGGUUAUGCUCUUGUCCCCAUGAUUGCUAGAGGAGUGAUGUUGGGUGCUGAUCAAGCCCUGAUCCUCCACAUGCUAGAUAUUCCACCUGCUGCAGAGGCAUUGAAUGGGGUCAAAAUGGAAUUGGUUGAUGCUGCUUUCCCUCUCCUCAAAGGUGUUGUUGCUACAACUGAUGUUGUUGAGGCAUGCACUGGCGUCAACAUUGCAGUCAUGGUUGGUGGUUUCCCCAGGAAAGAAGGCAUGGAAAGAAAAGAUGUGAUGGCAAAGAAUGUGUCCAUUUACAAGGCCCAAGCUUCUGCUCUUGAGCAGCAUGCUGCCCCAAACUGCAAGGUUCUGGUUGUUGCUAACCCUGCCAACACCAAUGCUCUGAUCCUGAAGGAGUUUGCACCAUCUAUCCCAGCAAAAAACAUUACUUGUCUGACAAGGUUGGACCAUAACAGGGCUCUUGGUCAAAUCUCAGAGAGACUGAAUGUUCAAGUAUUUGAUGUUAAAAAUGCCAUUAUUUGGGGAAAUCACUCCUCUACUCAGUAUCCUGAUGUAAACCAUGCAACUGUCUUAACACCAGCUGGAGAAAAACCUGUCCGUGAGCUUGUUACUGAUGAUGAAUGGUUGAAUGGGGGAUUCAUAACUACUGUCCAACAGCGUGGUGCUGCGAUUAUCAAAGCCAGAAAGCUUUCUAGUGCACUAUCUGCUGCUAGUUCUGCCUGCGAUCAUAUACGCGAUUGGGUACUUGGAACUCCUGAGGGCACUUGGGUUUCUAUGGGUGUAUACUCUGAUGGUUCAUACAAUGUGCCAGCUGGGCUUAUAUACUCCUUCCCGGUUGUUUGUAGUGGUGGAGAAUGGUCAAUUGUUCAAGGUAAAGCCGAGCAUCCUCGCACAAGAUUUUAA